UGACGUGAGAGAGUUUGUGCCUCAUUAUGCAUGCUUACAGAGACUGGAAGAGAUUAUUGUUGGGUUUUCACAUGUGUGGAUGAAGGAGAUGACACUGAGUGCUUGCUCUUCUACUUUGGCUUGACUAAAUAUUCUCCAAGGAGAAGUUGUAAGGAAAAGGACAACAGCAGAAGAAAGACAAAGCAGAGAAGCAAAGGAAGGAUCUCAAGAAGAACAGAACAAAAAACAAAAACUUGAAAAAACUAGGUAAGCACAAGAGCGGAGCAGAUAGAGCAAUUGAAGAACUAAAGGGGAGGAAAAGUGUGUCAAAGUAUGAGAGAGGAUGAACUGUCCAGAGAUGAUCACCCUAAAGGAAGGGUGGUUCCCAAAGAGAAGCUGGCAAGACCACUUUCUAACGCCUGUCCUGUUGUUGUAGCCACUCCAGGCAUUACUGGACAUAAACGUCAGAUUGGCUCACACACAGAGGAUCACCUUACUCCACUCACCCCUACCUCAACGGACAACAGCGACAAAGUCAAACCAGAGGACAGCAUUCAGAUAUACACCCCAACAGGCCCCAAAAAACUCAAACAGAGCCCUCAGCAUCGGCCGCCUUCUUCCAGCCCCUCGCUUUCUCCCCUACCGGGUCACAGUCCUGGAGGACUCCCAGCCCUGGAGGACCCACAUGCUCAGCGGGCCAUCGCCAACAUCCGCGAACGCCAGCGGACUCAGUCGCUGAACGAAGCAUUUGCCUCACUGCGCAAGAUCAUUCCAACACUUCCCUCGGACAAACUGAGCAAAAUUCAGACUCUCAAGUUGGCAUCCCGCUAUAUUGACUUUCUAUACCAAGUUCUGCAAAGCAACGAGAUGGACAGCAAGCUUGCUGGGUGCAACUACCUGGCACAUGAGAGACUGAGCUAUGCCUUCUCUGUGUGGAGGAUGGAAGGGGCAUGGUCAACCAUGUCUGCAGGUCAUUAGCUGGAUCUGAUAGAUCAACAAAGUUCACAGGGAAGCAUUCAAACAUAAAGAGAGAUUCCUUUGCAGACUUUCUUUUGACUUUUAAAGCCCAGCAAUGCUGAAGGCUUUUUGAAAGCCACAUUAGCCUUGAACUUCUUCAGGUUUGUGAAUCAGACAGCCUCUGGACUAUUAUUUAAAUGUUUCAACUGGCUAUUGGGGGAGGGACACUAGAACACACUCAAAGUAAGACCUCCAUAUGAAUGUGUAUUCUGUUUACAUUGUUUCUAAUUAAGUUUAGAAAACUGGUCUUUAUUAAAAAAGUUCAAAGACUAUCUCUGCAAACUUUCCUCCACAUGAGAAGAAAUCAUUUUACUUAAGGUCUCUUAAUCUAUUUGUUUUCUUUGGAUCUCAAGUCAGAAUGAAAUCAGCUGCUCUCCCUUAAUUUUAUCACUGCAUCCAUAAGGCAUACAUACCACAGGCCUAAUUUAAACUUUACGUUGAGUAUUUUUCUGUAUGUCUGCUGUACCGUAUGUCUGCAAGAGAAAAUUUGUGAGACAUAUAAAACCCAACAGCUGUAGGGUUUAGAUGAAACUCUUAAAACUGAUCCUGGAUCUUUGCCUUACCCAAAUCCUUUCAACUUUUAAUUUUCCAGCCUUUGAAAUCCCUUGGCCACCUCAGAACUCAAGUAACAGUGGAAAAUGUAGCCAGGGGCAGUUGCCUCUUUUAAAACAAAACCUAGUCCCUUUGUGUUUUCUCCUGGUUCUAAAGAAAAACUCCUGUUGAAAUAUUUUCCUCUAGUUCUGGCUCAAAUUUAGCCUGCAUGGCACAAAUCUCUGAUACA